AUUCUUAACGUAGUUGCUUUUCUAUUUUCAAUUUUGCAGCAAUCUGCCUAAUCGAUACAGAAAUAUAUAAUUUGUUUCGAAGCAUCUUUGAAUUUCCUACAAAGCAACCAGAAAUGCAGGCAUCAAGAGCAAGAUUGUUUAAGGAAUACAAAGAGGUGCAGCGAGAGAAAGCGGCCGAUCCCGAUAUUCAACUUGUUUGUGAUGAUUCCAACAUAUUCAAGUGGACUGCUCUUAUUAAGGGACCAUCCGAGACACCUUACGAAGGCGGAGUGUUUCAGCUAGCCUUUUCUAUUCCUGAGCAAUACCCUUUGCAACCCCCUCAAGUUCGGUUCUUAACAAAAAUAUUUCACCCCAAUGUGCAUUUCAAGACGGGAGAGAUUUGCCUUGAUAUAUUGAAGAAUGCAUGGAGUCCUGCUUGGACACUUCAGUCUGUUUGUAGGGCUAUAAUAGCUUUAAUGGCUCAUCCAGAACCCGAUAGCCCGCUUAACUGUGAUUCAGGCAAUCUUUUAAGAUCUGGUGAUACGAGGGGAUUCCAGUCCAUGGCAAGAAUGUAUACCAGACUUGCUGCUAUGCCUAAAAAAGGGUGAACCCUAAUGGAGGUGCUGUGAACCGAAAUCAACUGUAAGAGCCGGUUUUUAACCACGAUUCACCUUUUGUACUUUUCGAAUAUGAAUUUUAGGUAUAGCUCUCUAUGUGAAGUUUAUUUGCUGAGGAUAAUAAAACAACAUUGAUGAGUUCAUAUAUGUAGGUUACCAAGCAGACAUUAUCCCAAGGGAAAUUGAAUUGUGACUGAAAUCUAGAUAAGAUUGUU